AUGAGCUCCUUUCAGCUCUUUCCCGCAUCUCCGGAGAGUGGGACCUCCAACAACCCGUUCUUGAAAGGGAAGCGCAGGCAGGCUGGUGGUCGACCGGUGGGAGAUGCGAUCCCUCUCAAGACCCUGGGUAGCAAGGGUGCCGUGACCGAGGGCAUGCUUUUCUGCGUGGACCAAAAUACAGACAACGUCCCAGCGCCUCCAAAGGCCCACGUUGCUCGGCCGUCGCAGUCCUCAUCGUUAGGAACACCCCAGGAGCAUGAUGCACGCCGGAAUGCUUCACAUUCAGAGUCGCCGGCACCGCCUAUGAGGUCCAUGUUUCCACAGUAUAACCCACAGCUACCACUCAACCAGCAAGCAUACUAUCCCCAGGCAUCCGGCCAUACUCCUCGAAAUUACUCAAGACCAAGCAACAUCCUUCUGUCCCCGGCACCGGAGAUUGACCAGGCACUUGGUCCGAAGACGGUGCCUGCGAGUGUGCUAAAUUUCCCUUCGGGGGUGCUGGAUACACCUGAGAUGCGAUACUCGUCCGCGGAGGAGCUGAGAAGUUUGUGGGAAGCGGCCAACGGUCAGAGACCGCAGAAUAUGCCGGAGACAUUCAAUCUACGGCUGCAACGGAGCGGCCCUACGUCAUUUUCCUUCGGCGAACCCACCGCGCCGUUCUACACGAUGCAGAUUGAGCCGAAUGAUGGGAUUUCUCUGACGAGGAUCAACCCAUCCAAGUCCAGCAACAGCGUCCCGAUAAUGACAUUCAAGGUGGAGGAUCGAUCGCGGCGUGAGCUGCGCGGGGACAAUCUGGUAUCGCUACUGCUGCCCCGGCUCGCCGCCGUCCUGGCCCUAGAUCAGGUCGCGGAAAUGGUCAAGGAGCACCAACUGCCCCACCAGGACGCGAUUGAGCUGGAGGCUGAUGCGCUCAAGCGGGUGGCCGAGCAGGAGUCAUGCAAGCUGUUCUGGAAUUCGGCAAAACAUAAUUACGAGCUGCACCAUCCGGCUCUGUGCAAGCAGCCGCCGGCAUUGGUCGGGGCGGCCGGCAUCCCUCUGUCCCCGGUGCGAUCGAAAUACGCCGGGAGCUUGCAGGUGACAGUGUCCAGUGCCUCUGCCGAGUCCCGGUCCAGCCAACCCCCGAUCAUUCUCGUGACCACGCCGGUGUCGGCCAACGCGAUCGAGUCGGCCAACGCGGCGGCGACGCCCCGGACCUCCACGCUGCCGCUGCUGGACUCAGACGAGCCGCUGGCCGCGCUGGAUCUGGGGACGAUGACGCUGUCGAUCUCCGGGGGCUCGACCAUCAACACCGUCCCGUCUCUGUACGCAAUCGACUCCGUGGUCGCGGCGAUGCUGGCCGUCGCCGUGUCGGACGAGGCCACCGGCCCGAUCCUGAAGGAGCUGGUCCUGUACGGAUCCGAGCGGUCCAUCACGCCCUGGGGACAGGGACCGGGAACGUACGGUGGCACGGGCUACCGCGGCGACCUGGUCACGGCGGCGGCGGAGCGGGACGAGGCCCAGAAGGGCAGCCAGCUGUGGUCGACGGUGAAGUCGGCGCUGUCGGUCUCGGAGACGAGCGAGAAACCGACGCGCUGGUACCGGUUCUGGGGCCGCCGCAGGGCCCCCAAACCAAGGAGCCGGAAGAUCGUGGUGGAGGAAUUCGACCUGGAGCGGUAUGGGCGUUACGGGCAGGGCUCGUCGCGCGAGGGCCAGAAGCUGCCGGGGAUCACGCGGGUCAUUCUGCGGGUGGUGUUUUUGGGAUUGGAGGUGGUGGUGCAGCUGUUGACUUGGGCGGUUAAGGUGUUUGCGUGGGUGCUGGUGAACGCCACUCGGUGUGUGACUAGCGAGCGGUUUUGAUUUGGUGAUUCCCUACGAUGGUUCAUGUAGUUCUGUUUGGUACGUGCAUCACGAUUGGAUAAUUCUUUUAAUGACAGGGGAUGCCGCGCAUUCCAUCUUGCCACUCCGGUACAAGUCCCGUCACUAUUUGUGUCUAUUGUCGCCUCUCAAUCGCCUCUCAAUCGCGUCUUUUCCGGGGCUACAUCGCCUCCCAAUCGCCUCUUUUUCGGGGCUAGAAAUGAUUUCA